CCCCAUGGAGACUGAGUUGUAUAUAGGGAGUUGCAUCCGCCCAUAUGCCGCAGGUUCUCUUACAUCGACCGCCUAAGAGUCGCGCUGUAAGAAGCAACAACUUUUCUUCCUCUCCGCCAUCCGCUCGGCAGCCGCAAAGCAGCAACCAUGCGUGAGUGCAUCUCCAUCCACGUUGGGCAGGCUGGUGUCCAGAUCGGCAAUGCCUGCUGGGAGCUCUACUGCCUGGAACAUGGCAUCCAGCCCGAUGGCCAGAUGCCAAGUGACAAGACCAUUGGGGGGGGAGAUGACUCCUUCAACACCUUCUUCAGUGAGACAGGCGCUGGCAAGCAUGUGCCCAGGGCAGUGUUUGUAGACCUGGAACCCACAGUCAUUGAUGAAGUUCGCACUGGUACCUACCGCCAGCUCUUCCACCCUGAGCAGCUGAUCACAGGCAAGGAAGAUGCUGCCAAUAACUAUGCCCGUGGACACUACACCAUUGGCAAGGAGAUCAUUGACCUCGUCCUGGACCGAAUUCGGAAACUGGCUGACCAGUGCACAGGUCUUCAGGGCUUCUUGGUUUUCCACAGCUUUGGAGGGGGAACUGGUUCUGGGUUCACCUCCCUGCUGAUGGAGCGUCUGUCUGUCGAUUAUGGCAAGAAGUCCAAGCUGGAGUUCUCCAUUUACCCAGCCCCCCAGGUUUCCACAGCUGUAGUGGAGCCCUACAACUCCAUCCUCACCACCCACACCACCCUGGAGCACUCUGAUUGUGCCUUCAUGGUUGACAAUGAGGCCAUCUAUGACAUCUGUCGUAGAAACCUCGAUAUCGAGCGCCCAACCUACACUAACCUGAACAGGUUGAUAGGUCAGAUUGUAUCCUCCAUCACUGCUUCCCUCAGGUUUGAUGGAGCCCUGAAUGUGGAUCUGACUGAAUUCCAGACCAACCUGGUGCCCUAUCCCCGCAUCCACUUCCCUCUGGCCACAUAUGCCCCUGUCAUCUCUGCUGAGAAAGCCUACCAUGAACAGCUUUCUGUAGCAGAGAUCACCAAUGCGUGCUUUGAGCCAGCAAACCAGAUGGUGAAAUGUGACCCUCGCCAUGGUAAAUACAUGGCUUGCUGCCUGCUGUACCGUGGUGACGUGGUUCCCAAAGAUGUCAAUGCUGCCAUUGCCACCAUCAAGACCAAGCGUACCAUCCAGUUUGUGGACUGGUGCCCUACUGGCUUCAAAGUUGGCAUUAAUUACCAGCCUCCCACUGUGGUGCCUGGUGGAGACCUGGCCAAAGUACAGCGAGCUGUGUGCAUGCUGAGCAACACCACAGCUAUUGCUGAGGCCUGGGCUCGCCUGGACCACAAGUUUGACCUGAUGUACGCCAAGCGUGCCUUUGUCCACUGGUAUGUGGGUGAGGGCAUGGAGGAAGGAGAGUUUUCUGAGGCCCGUGAGGACAUGGCUGCCCUAGAGAAGGAUUAUGAGGAGGUUGGUGUGGAUUCUGUUGAAGGAGAGGGUGAGGAAGAAGGAGAGGAAUACUAAAGUUAAAAUGUCACAACGGUGCUGCUUUUACAGGGAAGCUUAUUCUGUUUUAAAUAUUGAAAAGUUGUGGUCUGAUCAGUUAAUUUGUAUGUAGCAGUGUAUACUCGUAUACAAUUACUGGCCUGUGCUUUAAAACAUGACUUUGUUACAGACCCAACCAGUUCAUUUCUCUGAUGGGUUUGAAUAAAGUAUUCCCUGUCUUAAAUGA